CGUAAACUGCUUAGAGCAGCUAUGACACCUGCUCUCCGAGAGAAAGUAAUGAAAGGUCAUGGUAUCUGUUUACCCCCUUCCUUGUCUUCAAAAGCUAUGGAGUCCAGUGAAACGUUGGGCAUGGGAAAUGCCAAAACUGUCAAAGAGAAAAUAAAGGAGGAUUCUGUGACACAGAUAACAUACUCGGUGCUGGGGUUUCCCACCCCACAAUCGAAUCUCCAAAGCGAUCUCUUCAGUUUAAAGUACUUUGGCUCCCAGUCCUCUAAACACUAUCCCCUAUUAACAAACCCCAAUUCUUCUUUCAGUAUAUACAAUAAGCAUUGUAUGCAGAAGAACUUGGAAGAGCAAAAUUGUUUCAAGGCAAGAAAUCCUUUAUUUAACAGCACGAAUACACACUUCAAUCAGAUUAUUAAUUCAGAAUCUAGAGAGCAGGUUCAAGGGGGGAAUUUAUUGUCGGUGACAACACAGAACUCUUCAGAAACAGGGAAGCCAUCAGAGCCACGUAUAACUGAAUCUGGCCAUGUAGAAGAAAGGCAGCUUCCUAACUGUAAAUGGCAUUGGAAGAAUGGCUUUUUUAGUAAGUCUUUAUUUGCCAAUACUGAGAUGAAAGAAGGGAAUGUAUUCCAUCAAGUUCAUCAUGAAGCCUUGGAAACAACAAUGGACUGCAGCCCCAGUAGUAAAGAACAGGAAUUGAAUUUUCGAUUACUCCAGUGUGUAAACAAACAACAGGCUUUGCUCAGCCGGGCCAAAAGAACUCAGAAACAUUUGCAAAUACUCUUGGCAAAGCAUGUUGUCAAGCACUGCGACCAGCAGAUAAAAUACUUUGUGAAACAUCAACUGCAGAGAAUGAAUGCUCUUCAUAAUCCGAGCAGAAUGUCGGGUGGCAGUUAUCACCGGUGUGCCGAAAUUAGAACAGGAAGCAAUAAUCUCGAGGCGAGGGUGAAUAAACACCUGCAGCGUGAUUUCACUGUUGCCCCUGGUGAAAUCCAGGUAUUCACGCGCUCUGCAACUGGGAUACUGUCUCACGUGGAAAAGAGUUUGGAUUCUGACGCCACUUGUAGCAGCUCCAGCGAAGAGGAUGAUGAGCAGAUUUCCAGAAGAGCUGUGGCACUUAAGUACAGAUCUGACUGGCAAUGGCUGGUGGACAGAGCUAAAAUUGGCUGCUGCUGGACAUGGCUUCAAGCUCAGAUUUCGGAGAUAGAAUACAAAAUCCAGCAACUCACUAACCUUCACAGACAGAUCCGCGCCACCAAGGGAAUGGUGGUCUUAGAAGAACUUUCAACUCCAAAGGACAUCCUGAAGAAACAAACACAAUGGGCAGACGGAGAAGCUUUAUUACGCACCACGGGGAAUUCUCAAGCCCAUCUUGAAAGGCGGGAUGCUUGGCCAGAAAAUGAUUUUGAAAUAUCGCCAAGCAGUCCGACUCUGCUUCUCCGAAACAUAGAGAAACAGAGUGCCCAGCUAAGUGAAAUCAUCAGCAGUCUGAUGGCUCCGUUCAGUCUUUCUCCCACGGCCUCUCCUCUGUCCUCGAAGUCCUGUAAACAGAAAGAUACAGUCAAUGGCAUCUCUGUAAGAGGCCCAGAGACCCGUGAGGAAAUUUCCUCUUCCAGCAGUUGGCUGGUUGACCAGCAGCACCUGAAGAGAAGAAGGAAAGACAAGACGAGGCUUAAAGCUUCAUCCGUUUUGGCGGGGAGCACGUCUGCUCGCACCAGACCAGUCCAGAGUUUCCAGAGGAGGAAACUGUACAAAAUGAAAACUGCGUUCGAUUUGAAUCAGCAGGCAAUGACACUGAGAGAUGCUUUGCUUCAUCCUAACAUAGAGAAGGUGGCUCCAGCCAGCACUUGGGAUAGUUAUGAGCACUGCAGUAGACAGCUUAUGUUAGAACUGGACUCCUCAUUCCAUCCAAUCUUAUCGUUUCCAUCAGAUAUUCCUCUUCACGUACACUUGAAAAGCUUGCUUCAGAAGAGUGAUAUCAGAGGUGACCCUUUUGAAACUUCUGCCCUUGGCUUGGAGUUUGAAAUGUCUCCAUCUAACGGAUGUCAUCAGGACGAGGCCACUUCUCGGCAGUGGAGCUGUGGACACCCAUCCGGUUCCAACCAUCAGCCUUUGUCAGAAAUACCUGCACAGCUGCCAGAAGGAAGAAAGAAAAGACAUUUAAGCGAGACAACAAUUGUGGCAGGAGCUGGCAACAGCAGAUUUGAAGCAUUUUCCUUCCUGCAAGAAGAACAGGAAUCCCACGACCAUUUUACAGGAGCUGCUGAUGGCAACGUGUCUCGGGCCAGUGACAGCUCGUCAUCGCAGCCCAAUUUGAGACGGAGACUAAGAUGCGAGAGCUCCUAUGAUAUCGAUAACAUAGUUAUACCGAUGUCGCUGGUUGCACCAUCUAAAUUGGAGAAGCUGCAGUACAAAGAGAUUCUUACUCCUAGCUGGAGAACUGUUAGCCUUGUGCCUUUGGGAAGUCUCCAUGAAGAUCAAGAAAAGGCAGAAGAUCUGUCUGAUGAAGCCUAUUCUUCACGGCAUGCGAAAUACGAAGAGAAAGAGAGAGCCCGGUGGUCACUGUGGGAGCAGUGCCAGUGGCCCAAAAGGAACAGAACAUUCAGCAGAAAUUUGGAGGGAUACGAGACAGCGCUGAAACACGACAACUCUGAUCUCGCAUACCACUUUGGGGAAAAUACUGCAGAUACUUCAGAAUCCGACAGUUCUCUUUGCUCAAGUGUGCUACAGUCAUUAGAAAGAAACCAAGAACCCGUUUUGUGGGAACGUCGAACUUUUCCACUCCAGGGAAAAGGAGCGGAAGCUUUAAUACGCCAAGAGCAGCUGCCAGUUCAGCGGGAAAGUUCGGCCCCGGCCCCCCGCGGUGAGUCUGACUGUGCCUCCCCCGCUGCCUUCUGUUUGCCAAACCACCAUGAACUGCACAAGAAGAGGUCUGCUGGCGAGCUGGCAGAUGGCGACCACAUUGCCUUGGUAACCGGCAGCACGAGAGAGCAGAGGCGGGGCAAAGGAGAGGAUGGUAGGAAACGGGGACUUCUCGCCAUGCUCCCCGACCAUCGGUAUCUCUUGCACAGCUUGGCCAUCGGCAGAAGUGGAGCUCUCUCAUGUGCCACCCUGACCAAGAGCGAAGCUGGGCAAAAGAAAGGUGUCGGCCGCAACCGGGAUGUGAACUGGCCCUUCAACAGGCGACAAAUCGCAGUACAUAUUACAAAAUCUGCCUUUGGCAGUGACGGAAUUCUCCCUAGCCGCAAGAACAAACUUAGUGUCCUGCAACAGUCUUUCUUUGCAGUGGAGGAAUGA